CUGCUAUCUAAAACUUGGCGUGUAUAUCGCAUAUUUACUAGCGGCAAGAAAACAAAGAUCGUGAUUAAAGAUCAUCAACUUAUUGCUAUGGUAGUAAUUCUUAUAUGCAUAGAUUUGUGCUACUUAACAAUUUGGCAAUUAGCUGAUCCGUUAAAAGGCAAGCAGAUCCUUGUAAGGAUCGAGGACUCAAGCCAAGACUUAAAUACUGUUAUACGCUACUAUAAUGUUUUAUGCAGCUCCCAAAAUUCUUCCAUUUGGUUAGGCAUUAUAUAUGGUAUGAAAUUACUGUUAUUAGUUUUUGGAACUUUUCUGGCCUGGGAAACUCGAUAUGUUACUAUUCCCGCCCUAAAUGACUCUCGUUAUAUUGGAAUGUCUAUCUACAACACAACACUUCUCUGCGUUAUUGCAAUCAUUAUUAGUCAGUUUCUUGGAAGCCAAGUGGAUGCAAAUUUUGCAGUUAUUGCAGGAUUUAUCAUCUUUGGAAUCACAGUAACAAUGUGCCUUGUCUUUGUGCCUAAGGUA